CCCUUUGACCAACCAGAUGCAUACACCCCCUUUUUCUUCUUUUCCUGUGCGUCACGAGACAAUGUUGCGCGCAUGACAUUUGAAAAGUUGCGAUUGUGAGGGCAGCUUUAGUGGCACGUUGAAAAGCGCAGGCUUCGAAUCGAUCCUCCACCCCCAAAGUGUCGAAAGAACAACCCUCGGCCGACGACUCUCUUGUCGACUCGGAACACAACAGUUCAAAAGCAGCCCAUAAGCAAACAUGGCGCUUGAUUUCGCAGCCACUUACAAGGUUCUCGUGUUGGGUGAUUCGAACGUCGGUAAAACCUGCAUCGUGCAUCGUUAUUGUGACGAACGUUACUACGACACUUACAUUUCAACCAUAGGUAUCGACUUCAAGCAAAAGAUAAUUAACCUGGAUGGGACACCAAUUAAGCUUCAAAUUUGGGAUACUGCUGGCCAAGAGCGAUUCAGAACGCUGACCACAGCGUACUACCGGGGUGCCAUGGGCAUCCUUUUGAUGUACGAUGUCACCAGCUUAGAAAGUUUCAACCAUUUGUCCUAUUGGCUUCGAAACAUUCAAGAAAAUGCCUCCCCGGACGUGGUGAAAGUGUUGGCGGCAAAUAAAUGCGAUGCAACUGCGCACAGGGCUGUGGAUGCUGAAAGGGGACAGAAAAUAGCCGAGAACUUCGAUAUGCCUUUUUUCGAGGUGUCUUGUAAAGAAAAUAUUAACAUCGAAGAGGCGUUCCUUACUUUGGCUAGAAGAAUACGAGAACAACGGGGACGUCGGGCCAGCCUGUUCGAGGCUUCCGAAAGGGAAGGAGCCGACAGCGUGAUCAAGGCUCAGUCCCCAUCCCAACAGGGUGACGCUUGGAGAUGCACAUGUUAAAAAAUGGAGGCAAUUGUAGAGUAUAACUAUGAAGCACAAGAGCCUGACGAGUUAACUUUAAAGAAAGGAGACAUUAUCACUGAAAUUGAAGUAUUGACAGGUGGUUGGUGGGAGGGUACUUUGAGGGAUAAACGUGGCAUGUUUCCUGAUAAUUUUGUUAAGGUAUUAGGGCCUGUAUCAAGUGGAACUGUUAGCAGUAUAGAAACUGCAGCAAGUGAAGGAGUCAAUAAUAAUAAAUCUGAAGAUGUUCCAUUAAGAAACGGAGGAUCUAGAAGACGAUUCUGUAAAGUGUUGUUUGACUAUGAACCUUGUAAUAAAGAUGAAUUAACUCUGAUACCUCAAGAUACUAUUGAAUUUUUGGGAGAAGUAGAAGAUGGAUGGUGGAGAGGGCGACUUAAAGGCAAAGUUGGAGUAUUUCCUUCGAAUUUCGUCACUCGUCCAGUAUAUGAAGAACCUGAUAAACAUAAACAUCAGAAUAAAAAAGAACUGUAUAAAGUGAUUUUCCCUUAUAAAGCUGCUAAUGAUGAUGAGCUAACAUUAAAUGAGGGAGAUAUAAUAACCCUCUUAUCUAAGGAGGCCUCUGAUGAGGGUUGGUGGGUAGGAGAAAUAAAUGGUCGAAUUGGUUUAUUUCCAGACAAUUUUGUUGAAGUAGUUAAUGUUGCACAAGAUCAGACAGAUCACGAGCAGAGACAGGAAACUUCGGUUAAAUCAGCUGCGAGACAUUCUCAUGUACCGAAGAAGAAUGAAAAAGUAGAGAGAGAAAAAGUUAGAAGGAGUUUGGAUGUUCAAAGUGUGCACGCAGAAAUAAAUAAGAAAGCCAUAUCUACAUCAGCCUCUUCUUCAACGUCAUCAACUUCUCCAGGAAUUGGAGAAAGUAAUGAAGAUAGAAAAACUAUAAGUUAUUCAAUCAUAUCGAGUUUGAAACGUUUCCUAGGUGAUGUUGGAACCAAUAACGGUAACGAAAAUACCAAUAUAAGUUUGGGUGAAGAGCUAGAUGUGGUAGAACGAAUAGAAGGAGCACCGCUUUCGCACUUAACAGCUUCUCGAGCUAAAGCACCCCGCCGACGUCCACCUUCUUCGCAACGUUUACGACGUUACACUGCUGGACCAACAAUUACCACUACAACUACUCCAACACCUGAAGAUAAUUUAGCAAAUGGAAAUGGAGAUACUAUAUCGAAACAAUUACGAGAAAAAGAACCCGAAGGAUUAGCAGCAAAAGCAAGAAGAAAAGCACCUUGGGUUACAGAAUUAAAAUUGAACCACAUAGAAAAAAGAAAGAUCGGGGUAGUCGAUCAUGUUGAUAUAUCCGAAUUAAAGAAGAAAUGGAAUUAUUCACGAGUGUCACCAACAACGAAUGUCACAAAAGCCAUUAAACAAAAGGACACUAGUCCAAAAUCCAACGCAUCUUCACAGCCAGAGCAAACCUCACCUACUACUGGAACUCCUGCCUAUGUUCCAUAUGACGUUUUCAAUCAGCUUUUAGAAAGGGUUGCCAGCUUAGAAGAGAAACAAGCAAUGUUACAAGAAGCACUGACAGAGAUUUUGGAGCAGUUUGUAGUUACUAUAUCUUUAAUAAACAACGUAACAAAUUAAUGGAUAUCGGCACACAAAUUUCACAGUAUGUUUUCUUUAUGUAAACUAUUAUCGUCUUGGUUUUACUUUCCAUUAUAAAUGGAAAAGUUUAGCGUAUAUCUACUAUACAGUUGUUAUAUUUAUUCAUUGUAGUAAUGACAUUCUUGAUUUUUUAAUCACUAACAUGGUAACAGUAUUUAUCCGAUUGGCUAUAAAGCAAAACAUUCCAUAUAUCAUUCUUUAUUUAAGAAAAUGUUCUUCUAAUGUUUAUCAGUAGUUUGCGUUAUAUCAUUGCAAUUCUUUAUUACCACCUUUGUGUUAUUUUAAAUAAUGCUCGAAAAUUUGUCUCGAAAACGAUCUCAUUUAAAAUUUUUGUUCAUUAUUUUAUUACUUAAUUAUAUAUUUUCAGUGUUUCUAAACAAAACUGAUAUAUCAUACCGAUAUAUUUCUUUGAACUAUAUCUUAAAAUUAUAAGAGUGUAACGGUACUUAAAUUGACAAUGAUCAAUGCACACUAUGCUGUCUUUUCGUUAAAAAGCUGCCUCACAUUUAUGAUACAAUCGUUAUUUUUAAGUUCAUUAAGUAAUACAAGUUCCAAUAUAUUUUAUUUUGCAUAAUUUUGUACCUUCGUCGUAAAAGCUUCAACAGUAUUUAAUUUUGAUUAGUAAGGCUUAAAGACGUUAUUGAAUAUGCUUAAAGGGAAAUAGAUUAAAUGCAUUUAAAUUAUUUUUUUAAUUCAUAAAACAUAUUCCCUAUUGUAUAACUUGAAAUGGUGCUAUGUAAUAAAAUACUUGUGAUAUGUUGUAUCACGUAUGACUAAAUGAGGCAGCGAACUAUAAUUAACAUUAAAGGAAAAAAAAAAUGCAUAUUAAUAACUUUGUUUCAUAUAAUCGCAAAGUUGUUGAAUAUUUCAAAUCUUUUUAUUUUUUUAAAAAAACAAAAUCUUAAGUAAAUAUAAUGAAAUGGAGUAAUUAGAGAUAUAUGAGAUAAAUACAAGCCAAACAAUAUUAUUCUUCGCAUCAGUAUUUGACCAAAUAUAAUUUAUCAUCUUUUAUUUAAAGAAACGAUAAACGUAAAGGUUUCCUUCGAUCGUAAUUGUAUUAUUCCAGAGUACGUGUUAGGUAUACACAAGUAUGUAAAUACACAGAUUAUAAAUGAAUCGGAGAAAACAGUAAAAUCCUGUUCUAAUUUGCGAUUUAGUUAAUAAAUAUAUCAGCUUAAAAAUUCUAGUCUAAAACAAACAGAUUGCAAUGAUUAUAAAGUUGAAGUGCCAGCGCUAAUGAAACUAACACUGUCACAAUGAUGUUGUUAAUAGGUAUAUUCUUCAAAAAGUAAUGAUCCAAUUUUACAUUCGAUUAAUAACCAGAAUUUCUUGAUCAAUAAAAAUUAUAAUUUUAGGUUAUCGUGAAAAUGAAUAGUUACAGUAUUUUUAAAAGAUAAUAUUCCAUGCAUAAAUUAAAAGUCACUACAUUUUGAAGGAUAUCUAAUGUAUUAUAUAAAGUAGACUACAUUAGUGGUGUAUAAAAUUUUUAUACGUUUCAGCUGGAUGUAGCUUAUUUAAGUGGGGUAUAAGUAUAAUGAAAUAAUCAUAAAAUACAAGUGUUUGUUCUACACACAAGGGAAAAAAAAAA